CUAGGAAGAGUAAUGUGAAAGCUGUAUUGACUUUUGUACUGGUUUAUUCAGUACUGUUUUAAUUAAUAUGACAAUUAAAAUUAAUCAGUUCCAAAGUUCAGCCAUGUAAAGGGUUAACUGUUCCAGGAAGAGAACCACACAGCAGUAUCUGGUGAGGAGGAGCAUUAUUGACGUCAACUUGCUGAACUGAAACUAAAGUAGAGAGACACAGUAUAUUGUGUACAGGACCAAACUCUCCAGCACUUCAUACAUCUAUUAAACAGCAAUACAUUCAGACUAUACUCUGACUCUCCUGUCCUUUGACACCACAAACAGAAAGGACAAAGAUAUCAUCCACGAAAACAUACAGAUAUGGCCACCUCCAGCAGUCUCCUGUCUGAAGAGCAGUUCCUGUGCUCUGUCUGUCUGGAUUUGUUCACUGAGCCAGUCUCUAUUCCAUGUGGACACAACUACUGCAAGGCCUGUAUCAGUGGAUACUGGGAUACCAGUGACCUGUGCCAGUGUCCAAUGUGUAAAAAAACAUUUGAUAGGAGACCAGAUCUGUUUGUCAAUACUUUCAUUUCUGAGAUGGCUGCUCAGUUCAGACAGACAGUUGAAGUUAAAGCUACCAGCAGCCCACACCAAUGCCCUGACAUAAUUGUAGAAUUGCCCUGUGACAUCUGCACUGGGAUGAAGGUCAAGGCCCUGAAGUCCUGCCUGGUGUGUCAGACCUCUUACUGUGAGACUCACCUUGAGCCUCAUCAGAGAGUCCCAGCCUUAAAGAGACACAAGCUGAUCAACCCUGUGGAGAACCUGGAAGACAGGAUGUGUAAGAAGCACGACAGACCUCUAGAGCUGUUCUGUAGGAGUGACCAGACUUGUGUGUGUCAGUUCUGCACUGAGACAGACCACAAGACUCAUGCGACUGUCCCUAUAGAGGAAGAGUGUGGAGAGAGGAAGGCUCAGCUGAGGACGACUGAGGCAGAAGUUCAGCAUAUGAUCCAGAAACGACUGCAGAAGGUUCAGGAGAUCAAACACUCAGUAGAUCUCAGCAAGAGAGAGGCAGAGAGAGAGAUAUCAGACAGUGUGCAGGUCUUCACUGAUCUGGUGCGCUCCAUUGAGAGAAGCCAGGCUGAGCUCAUUGAGGUGAUUGAGGAGAAGCAGAAAGCAGCAGAGAGGGAGGCUGAAGGGCUCAUUAAAGAGCUGGAGCAGGAAAUCACUGAGCUACAGAGGAGAAGCACUGAGCUGGAGCAGCUCUCACACGCUGAGGACCACCUCUACCUCCUACAGAACUUUCCAUCCCUCUGCACCCCUCCACCCACCAAGGACUGGUCUAGGAUCAGUGUUCACAGUGAUCUGUGUGUGGGGACUAUGAGGAGAGCUGUGUCUCAGCUGGAGGAGACUCUUAUAAGUUUAAUGAAAAGCCUGUGUGUUGAUCUGUGUGUUGGUGCUGAAUUUAAGAGGAUUCAGCAGUAUGCAGUGGAUGUGACUCUGGACUCUGAUACAGCACAUCCCAAUCUCAUCCUGUCUGAGGAUGGGAAACAAGUGAGAUAUAGAAACACACAAACAAAUCGUCCUAAUACCCCAAAGAGGUUUGAUGAAAGUGUAAAUGUCUUAGGAAAGAAGGGUUUCUCUUCAGGUAGAUUCUACUAUGAGGUGACAGUUAAGGGGAAGACUGACUGGGAUGUAGGAGUGGCCAGAGAAUCCAUUAACAGGAAGGGGAAUAUCACACUGAGCCCUAAGAAUGGAUACUGGACUGUCUGGCUGAGGAAUGGAGAACAGUACAAGGCUCUUUCUAGCCCCAGUGCCCUGCUCCCCCUGAGAGAGAAGCCCCAGAAGGUGGGGGUGUUUGUGGAUUAUGAGGAGGGUCAGGUCUCCUUUUAUGAUGUGGAGGCCAGGUCUCAUAUCUACUCUUUCACUGGCUGCACCUUCAAUGAGAAACUAUAUCCAUUCUUCAAUCCAUGUCUUAAUGAUGCUGGUAAAAACUCUGCCCCUCUGAUCAUCUCUCCUGUCAACGACAGACUGAGUUUUAAUCUGAAAAUCUAACUGGCCAGCAAAAUAAAUACAUUUUAAAAUAGUAAUAAUCUGUCAUUCAGGAUUAUCUGUCAUAAUGGUAGCAUCCACAUUAAUGUAAAAGUUUUUAAAAACCUAUUCUAUUCUUUUAUAAGUGACUCCAAAAUGACACAAUACAUUAUUUACAAAUUAAUUUAUAUUUGGUACAAAAUAAUCUGAAACGCAACCAAAACAAACAGCAAAUGGAUGUAACACAUGUGUAGAGUUACAAGUGUGAUGUAGUCAUUGUGUGCUAGGAAUAUGGGACCAAAUACUCAACUUUUUACUACUCUAAUACACAUAUAAGUGAAUUUGUCCCAAUACUUUUGGUCCCCUAAAUGGGGGGGACCAUGUAUAAAAAGUGUUGUCAUUUCUAAAUGGUGAAACCAGUAUGUACACAAAUACCCUUAAAUAAAAGUAGAUAAUCUAUACUUUAA